AUGGCUCUAACAAAGUCAUCUCUCUUCCUGGAUUCCAAUGAGAGUGAUACCGAGGAGUUGCCAACAUUUGCCUUUCUAAAGAAGGAGCCAUCUUCAACACAGAGAAGGCAGCUUCAGGGGGAGAAGGUCACAGUAAUUAACGUCUCAGAUUCAGAAACUGUCACAUACACAAAGCCUGUCAGGAUGCUAAGCAGUGAAAGUGACAAUGAAGAGAAUGAAGAGGAAUUCGUUCCACUGGCUGAGAGACUUAAGUGUCGGUUUUUGACCUGCAAACAGUUGAGCCCUGAGGGCACUAAUUCCCCAAUUUCACGCAUAUUGGGUCAUCAAAAUAAGGAAGGCACAUUAUGUGACUGGAAAAAAAAAACCUUUCCAAAGGUCCCUGCUAUUCCCCUCCAUGAUACCUCAGAGAGGGCUGCUUCAAAUAACAAGGGCCCUGCCUUAGAUGAUCCAUGCCCUCAGCUUUCAGCAUACCAACCUACCUGCUCUGUCCAGGGCAAUAGCUUGUCAGUAACAAAAACAAAUUCUGAGGUCCCCCUACCUCAGAAGAGAGCCAAGCACAGUUAUAAGGUUCAGGGAAGAGACUGGCAGGGAUGUCGGCAGCAGGGACAAGUGAACCAGAAGGAAAGCACCCUGAGGCAACAGGAGAGGACGAGGAAGCCAUUGAAGGAAAACAGGGGGACCACCCAGAGGCCAGAGGAGUGCUUAAAGCACAUGGCUGCAGUGCUGGAUCCAGAGCUCUUACAGAUGGAAGGUGGGGGCCAGCUCCUUGGGGCGCUGCAGUCCAUGGAGUGCCGCUGUGUGAUUGAGGCGCAGGCUGUGCCUUGCAGCAUCACUUGGAGAAGGGCUGGGCUGUCUGAGGAUGGAGGAGAGGACUGGGCAGAAGAGCCAGUAGUCCUGGUGCUGCUCCUGGCAAAAGCAGUUGUGUCCAGAAUCACCAACUUAAAGCAGGAAAGCUUGGGUGACUCCAACAAAGGGAAGGAAGCACUUCGGAGUUUUGUAGUGGACGUCAGCGCAAAGACAACAGGGAAAGCUCUGUCCUUGGUGAUUGUGGAUCAGGAAAAAUGUUUCAGUGCCCAGAAUCCUCCAAGGAGAAGGAAACAGGGAGUGACAAGUAGAGACCAGGCCAAGGAGAAGCAGAGACCACCAGAGGGCAACUCAGGGUCCAGGCCUCUGGUUACCAGGGUAGACUUGGAAGAGGCACUGGUGGAUCUGCAGCUCCACACAGAAGCCCAGGUUCAGAUUCUGCAGAGUUGGAAAGAGAUGGCUGACUAUGCAUGCACAUUCACAAAGGCAGUGGCUGAGGCACCCUUCAAGAAGCUCCGAGAUCAGACUGCUUUCUCCUUCUGUCUGGAAAGUGACUGGGCUGCAGGAGGGAAGGUGGACAGUUCUGGCAGGGGCCUUGCCCUGGUCUGGAGGAGACAGAUUCAGCAGCUGAACCGAGUCAGCCUGGAAAUGGCCAGUGCCAUUGUGAAUGCCUACCCGUCCCCCCAGCUCCUGGCUCUGGCCUACCAGCGGUGUUUUUCAGAGCAAGAGCGCCAGAAUUUGCUUGCAGAUAUAAAAGUUCGACGUGGGGUAGGUGUGACCUCCACCUCCCGUCGUGUUGGACCAGAACUGUCCAGGCGUGUCUACCUCCAGAUGACAACCCUGCAGCCAGAUCUCUCUCUAGAUGGUACGGAUUGA